CAAGUGGACUUUUAUUGUUUUCCACCCACUUCCAAGUCGAUACUAUCUGCCGUCUCAUGUCCAUCCUAUAGCCUAUAUAAGCGGCUGCGCUGGGGCUGGCGGCGAUGGAGUAGUUUGUGGAUACAACGGGAGUGCAGGGACGGGAGGGGGGCGGGCGGGCCAGCCGCGGAAUACUUGGACUCCCCACCACUCGCGGGCUGCUGCCGUCCGGGGAGCGGCUCCCAGGGGGAAGACACCUCGGCUUCUGGGACGGAGAGACAGUGAAACAGGAGGCCUCCCACAGCAGCAGAUCCUUCCUCUUCAUCCCCUCGUGCACUCUUCAGGUCGGACUGCAAUGAGUGGACUGAGGUCUCCUGGGCUGCUGGGGCUGGUACUGUUAAUGCUCUCAGCAGGAUAUUGCAAAGAGAAAACUGACUCCACAGAUUUGAAGGACAAGCAAAGUCUCUUAAAUCUGAUCAUGGAGAUCAUUCAGGAACUGAAGAGGUACCACCUGGAGAAGGAAAGUGGGGUGCAGUACUUCUCCAAGCAUGACUAUAACUUGGAUCGAAGGGAAGUGGCUGACUACGGAGGAUACCAGGAUGAGCAGAGAGUUGAAAUAGUUCCUAGAGAUCUGAGGAUGAAAGAAAAGUUCUUAAAGCAUUUAACAGGUCCACUCUACUUUAGCCCAAAAUGUAGUAAACAUUUUCAUCGGCUUUAUCACAAUACAAGGGACUGCACCAUCCCAGCAUACUAUAAAAGAUGUGCCAGGCUUCUUACUCGGUUGGCAGUAAGCCCAAUGUGCAUGGAAGGAUAAAGAUGUUAUUACCAUGACAAGAAACACCAAGAACCAAGAGAAGUGCCUUGGAAACCAACAGGGAAAUAGAACUUACUACCUUUUAGCAAAUUCCAUUGUGAACAAGAGAUUUAUUUUUGCAGAUUGACAGACUACUUCCCAUAAUUCUUUUAACAUGCAUUUUGUAUGCCAUCAAGUUUGCAGAUUGACAUUCUUUACAGUAGCAUAACUGCCAGUAGUACUUAAUGCUCCGUACUUAAAAACACACUUUACAAUUGAUGUGUAAUG